UCCACCCACUGUAAACAUCUCUGCCUCCUCACUCACUGAAGUAGCCACCGAUUUGCGAGCUUCUGAGGCGCGUGUUUUCCCUCUGAGAUCGGGUUCAUUUAAUUUUGUCUGACGAUGAAGAUGGUGACAAUAAUGACGAUUCUGUGGGUAGCUACGGUGAUGUCUGCAGCUCAGCCUCUGUGUGAUCCGCUGUCACAAUAUGAACUCAAUGGGCAGUGUUGCCAAAUGUGUCGGCCAGGAACCAGCAUGUCUCAUUUGGGCACGUGCGCUGUUCCUCACUGUCUCCCGUGUGACGAGGGCGAGUAUCAAGACACUUACACGACGGAGGCCCUGUGUAAACUUCAGCCAUAUUGUGACCCGAAUAAAAACUUUCAGGUUGCAAAACAAAUGAGCAAAACUGAAAAAAACACCUGCAUGUGUGAACUGGGAUUCCACUGCUCCAGUGAUGAGUGCCUCACAUGUGUACGGCACAAGCCUUGUAACCACGGAUGGGGGGUGCUAUUUAAAGGGAAUCAAACCCAUGACACGGUAUGCCACAAAUGUCCUGAAGGCUCGUUUUCCAAUGUGACUUCGUGGAAUAGCAGUUGCUUGGCAUGGACCAGGUGCAAGAGCGGUUACGUUAUCGAAAGAAAGGGAUCAGAUCAGUCUGAUGUCGUGUGUGAAAAGAACCGGCGGGAGCAUGUUAUCAUCACCUGUGUCGUUCUGCUUCUGAUUGGGAUCGUGCUAAUCACUGCAAUCAAGAUAUGGCUCUCUAGAGGUAAAGGAGAUUUUAAGGGAAAGGACUGCAUUGAGACAUGUGUGCGCCAUGACAAAGUCAUGACAAAGGGAGAGUUGCUGAUCGCAAUGCCAACCCCUGACGGCAUCCACGAAGAGGCCGUGUUGCCAGGAGAGCAGGCCCCGCGGGAGAACCACCAUAGCAGCAUGAGGCAGCCGGAGGAAAAUGACGACGGUCCGGGACAGGUGGCCUUCGGACACUUCACUGAUAAAGGCAACUACGUGGCGCAGGAGAACGGAAAAGCAGAAGUUCUCUCUCGACAAGAAUCACAAAGCAUGACUGUGACAAGUGAAAUACAUACUGAUCUGAAGUACUGAUCUCUCUGCUGCACCUCAUUCUGCACAUGGCCCUUGAAAACCAUCUAUAAACUCGAUAACACACACACACACACGCUACUUAAUUUAUUUUUACACUUGACUAAUAAGAGGUUAUUAAGGAUUUCUUUUCAGUUGUAUCUUUGCCUUGGUUUUGUUAUGGACACUAAAUACGUGUUUUUAUAUUGUAAAUAUGCCAUCUUUAUUAAAUUCUCGCUUCCCUUUGCCAAUGCCGGCAAUAGUCGUUCAAUACAAUUAAACUUCAGGCUUGCAUUGAUUGUUUCGGUGCCAUUCAUGGUGUUAGUAUGUUAAUUUGUGGCGGAAAACACUCAGGUGACUUGAUGUUCCGCUCUGAGACCCCCAAUUUGGCCAAAUUUAAAAAUUGUGUGAUACAUCAUUGGAAAGCUUAAAAUCUCAAUUCUCUGGGAGAAGAAAAUUUUUGAACAGCAGGGCAUUUAAAAAAAAUAAAUAAACAGCAUAACCCUCACUGGAGGUGAGAGCACACGAGAGCAUAAAUAAAGACGCCAUGAUUUUAACGAGAUAUUAUCGCGUACAUACCUCUUUUCGAUUUCAAAACACCAUGUAGCAUGUAUCACCGAGUGUCAAGACACAGCUGGAUUUUUGGGGGAUUUUAUGGGUGAAACAUGCUAAUAUAACAAGGGAUGCAGAAAUCGCAGACAUCAAGGACUAAUCGCGAUUUUCAUUUUCAAAUAUUUACGCUUUUAAACCUUUUUUUUCAAUUUUUCUGUGUGUUGAUCGAUUAUUUAUCAUCUAAAAUAUUGGGGAAAAUGCGACAAUAACGAAAAUACAAUUAAG